AUGCCUCUCUACGCCUCCAAAUCAGCCUUCCUCGCUUCGGACAUGAAGGCAUGUCCCAUGCCGCCCUCCGACCCCUCCUGCCCUAUCUGCCGCGAAGACCUCCAGCCUCACGAGCCAGAAGCCCCAUCUACAGGUCCCACAGUCGACGACGUUCAAGGCGGUACUCCCACCUCAAACAGCUCCGCCGCUGACACCAUUGCCGCCAACAGCGCACCCGCUGAACCAAACGAAGAUCACUCCCCCGUCAAGGUCACCUGCUGCAACAACAUCUUCGGCCGCAGCUGUCUAGAAGCCUGGCUCACCCGGGCAAACAGCUGUCCAUUCUGCCGCGCCGAGUUCUUCCCCUUGCGGACUGUACCAACCGGAAGGAGAUUCGACUGGUUUGCUCGGGCCAUGUUGGCACAUGGAGCUCGAACCGGAACGGGGUUGGAGGCAGCGAGGGCUGGAUACACAGAAGGCAUGCAGGCGGCGCAUGCUCGAUACACAGAGAUGAUGGAUCGCACUACACUCACACACGCAGGAAACCUGCGUGCACAAAUGAUGUUGGAGCAGACAGUGCUACAGCGUACGUUUCAGGCUCUGCAGCAGGCGGGUCCGGAUGUGGAAUUGGCGGACCAGGAUGACGCCGAGGAUGAGUCUGAGUUGUCCUCUGAGUACGAGUCGGAAGAUGAGUCUGAUUCAAUGCCCGAGCUAGAGCCGUUGGACGAAAUGGAAGGGUACCACUCGGAGUCAGAGUCUGUUCCGAGUGAAGAAGAGGAUGACGACUCUGAGUUUGAGGUUGAAGAUGAGGAUGGUGGUGAUGAGGAUGAAGGGGGCGAUGGACCCCCGGAGGGACCGGGAUCUGGAGGCGCGGUUUGUGUUGAGUGCGCUCAUACAGGUGCUUCAGUGCGAGCCUAG